AUGCAUAGCAGGCCCGGUAUUCAAAAUGGUGUCAUUUUUGGGGCACCUUUGGCCGUUAUUGCAGGACUAUUAGCACACUUUGGGCUUCCAUAUCCACAAUGGCUAUCUGAUCCGGUGAAAGCUCCGAGUGAUAUAGAACCGCACAGCGUUGUGCACAUUUGUCGUUGUCCAGAACAUAGCAUUGGUUGGCCUGACGUUUUUCAAUUCGUUGCGAGUCAGCUUACAGAACUCACCCAUAGAGACUGGGUUUCUUUGACAUUUAAUAUGAUCUUGGUGAUUCAGAUGCUUUUGACAUUGAGCAAACUAUGGAAAAAGAGUUUCAGCGGUGAAACGACGCAAUUGGCAAGUACAGCAUCAGUUGAACAAAGGGAGGCCGAUGUCGUUGACGCGGAUUUAUUGCCGUAUACUUCGCGAGAACGUGCCCUUUUGCAAUUCGAGAAAACUAGAGACAAAACGCUGAACUUCAAGUUUUGCAAUGAAGACUCCUGGAUUCUAAAAGAAGACUUUUUGCUGCCGGCAAAAUCCGUCAAGCCAUUGUUCAAAGACAGUCCGGAAACGACUCUUUCCAAUUUAUCGCCAUCGACGGUGGUUACUUCUGUCGGUGUGCAGACUAGCAUAUCCCAGAGGCUUCCCCCGCUGUCUCGAUCUAAUGAUUUGCAUGUUGGCAAAAUUAUGUCUGACCUGCCCAGCUCUCCUUUAAGCCACGAAUACCCACAGCUUUUCACCCCUAAACAAAGCCUAAGUGCUGCACUCAGCUCACCACCCACUUCAAAAACGCCGACCUCUCCUGGCUUCGAGUCAAGACAUGCACCCGCUGCGGUGAGUCUUUCUGGGGACCCUUUGGUGCUGGAAACUCAGAAUUCUUCAAGAACAUCUUUUUCGUCCUCUCCAAACGUAAGAGAAGUCCUUCACACCCCAGAAUACCUCUCGCAUGCUUUCCACCAACCUUCACCGGCAAAGUCCACCAUUUUGAAAACCGAGGUAACUCAGGAGCAGGUGUACUCUCAGCCGUUUAUCUACUGA